CUUUUGGAAACUAAACCUGUGAUCCGGUUACAUAGAUUUUUUUUUUUUUUUAGCUUAAAAUUUAUGUAGUAAAUCUCAUUUGGUCCAUGUUCCUGAACCUGUGGAUAGAACAAGAAUGAUCAUCACCCUUUUGAAGGGGAUGAUGGAAGAUGAUGAUCAAGUUUUUUCCAUGACCAAGAUGAUGAGGAGGAAAACAUGUUUGAUUAUGAUAAUGAUGAUGGGCAUGUUUGUUACAACAACAUAUGCAGCAGGUGACACAAAUAAUGUUUAUAGUCCAUGUCUUGAUGCUAAGGUUCAGACAGGAGAUGGUUUCACCUUUGGAAUUGCUUUUGCAUCAAACAAACAAUCUUUCUUACAGGACAAUGGUGGUCCUCAGCUUUCCCCCUGCGACCGCCGCCUCGGCCUCGCCAGCAACGGUGCAUCCGUUGCUGUCUUUAGGCCAAAAGUUGAUGAGAUCUCCUUACUCACCGUUAACAGAAACGACACGGCUUCGGGUAGUGGAUAUAUGGUUGCAUUUGCUGGACAGAAGUAUGCGGCAAGAUCACUUCCAAUCAUGUUUGCUGAUAACACACACACAAUUACUAGCUUCACCCUGGUUCUUGAAUUUAGUGGGGGAACCCUUCAAAACUUGUUCUGGAAGAGUUACGGCUGCAAUUCGUGCUCCGGAGGAGGAAACAUUUGUCUGAACAACACAGAUUGUGCAGUUCCAAACUCAAAGUGUCAAGAAAAUGGAGGUAGUGGCUGCAACAUAGGCAUACAAUUGGCAUUCUCAGGGACAGACAAGAAUCUUGAUGUUCUUAAUUCUUGGUAUGAAGUCAAGAAUCUAAGACAGUACUCUCUCUACACUCUGUACUCCAAUCUGCGCGACACCAUCGUUGCGCCGUAUGAAAAGUUUUUCUAAACUCCUAAACAUGUAAUUAAUUACUCUCUUGAUGAAAUUGUUUUAUGAGUAUAGACCAAAUUGGUUCCUUAAAUACUAAAUAACUGUUUCUUGUGCUACACGUUAAAUCUUGUUGCUUCAUUGAAGUUCAGUUUGGUUAAACUCAACAACUAGAGUUUCAGGCUCAGUUAUAAGAUUAAAGGCUAAUUCUUUUCCUGGUUUA